AUGUCUGCCAACCUCCUCAACCAGAACUUCGACGAAGAUGAGGAGUCUGACAACGACUUCAAUCCUGGUGUCGAACAAGGAUCUGAUGCAGGAGGCGAUAAUGAUGAUAACAAGUCCAACAAUGUGAACGGCGAUUCAUCGCCCGCCCCUCGAAGGCGGACGUCAGAUGCAGCUGAGGAUGAAGAUGAGAAGCCGGCAGACAACGGCGAAGACGACGAAGGCGAGGGUGAAGAUCUCGGCGGCGAGGAUGAAGAUGACGAAGACGAGGAGGAGGAUGAGGAGGAGGAUGGCAUAAGAUCCCGCCCUCGCAAACGGAGGCGCGGCCUGAACCAGUUCUUCGAAGAAGAGGCUGAGGUCGAUGAGGAUGACGACGAGCUGGAGGCUGACGAAGAAGGCCUGGGCAAUGAAUUCAUCGAAGACACCCAUCCGGACGAUGACCUCCCUGCCGAAGCCGAUCAAGAUGAUAGACGCCACCGUGAGCUUGACCGCAAGCGACAGCUUGAAGCUUCCAUGGACGCAGAGAAGCAGGCUGCCGAGUUCAGAGAGCGUUACGGCCGAAGAACUACUACCGCCAUCUCCAACAGAGGCUUUGUGCCCCAGAAUCUGCUUAUGCCUGAUGUGUCGGACCCUAGUAUCUUCGGUGUCAAGUGCAGAGAAGGCAAGGAGAAAGAGAUUGUUCGUGCCAUCAACGCCAAGUUCAUUCAGCGACGUGCAAGAGACCCAAUGCGCAUAUUCUCUGCCUUUGAGCGCGGUGAUGGCGCCAUGAAAGGCUACAUCUUUGUCGAAGCCCGGAAUAAGGCGGAUGUCGAGCACGCUCUCAAAGAUGUCCACGAUGUUUAUCCUCACAGCAAGAUGAAUCUCGUGCCGAUGAAGGAGAUGCCUGAUCUGCUGCGGGUGACCAAGACCAAGGAACUGCAGCCUGGCGCAUACGUCCGAAUUCGCAAGGGUAUCUACACCGGUGAUCUAGCCGUUGUCGAAGACACGGUACCUAACGGGCUCGAUGUUACCGUCAAGGUUGUUCCCCGGUUGACGUAUGGCUUUGAUGAGGACCAACCCAAACCUCAAGCGCCUGCUGGGAGUGAUAAGCGAAAGCGGCCUGGUUUUGCUCCUGCACAGAACCUUGCGAACCGACCUCCCGCCCGAUUGUUCAGCGAAGUGGAGGCGAAAAAGCGGCAUUCACGAUUCCUUCAGCAGUCUGGUGGUCUCACCCGGAAAAGCUUCACCUACAAGGGCGAAGAGUAUGAGGAUGGUUUCCUGAUCAAAACCUACAAGCUCCCACAACUACAGACAGAAAAUGUGCAGCCGAAGUUGGAAGAAACACAGCUAUUCACCAAGACUGGCCAGGAUGGAUCGGAAAUGUUGGAUCUGGAAACACUGAAGCAAAGUUUGCACGACAAGUCUACUGCUGAGAGCAGCUACCAGGUUGGAGAUGAGGUCGAGGUGUUCAACGGUGAACAAAAAGGUGUCGUUGGCCGCACAGAACGCGUUACCGGCAACAUCGUUUCCAUCCGCGUAUCAGAAGGUGAGCUCAAUAAUCAGCUUGUCGAGGUUCCGGUCCGAAAUCUGCGCAAGCGCUUCCGAGAUGGCGACAAUGUUGUGGUGGGCGGUGCCAGCAAGUACCGUGAUCAAGUCGGCACGGUCAUCGCCAUUGAAAACGACAAGGUCACUAUUCUGUCUCAUGACAACCAGAUCGAGUUCACAGUCUUUAGUAAGGAUCUGAGAAUAGCGUCCGGCGCCAGUGCGAGCACAGAACGUAGCCCUUUCGAGGUCCGAGAUCUCGUGCAGCUCACGGCGACGACUUUUGGUUGCGUAGUCGGCGCCGACCCGCAGACUGUCAAAGUCAUGGAUCAAAACGGAUCGAUCGAGACACGUCUACCGUCGUCAUUAUCGAAGAUUAUGGUUUCUCGGAACGCCGUUGCUGUCGACAAGAAUGGCUCCGAGAUCAGACAAGGAGACACCAUCAAGGAAGUAGGUGGCGAAGGCAAGUCCGGAAACAUUCUGCACAUAUAUCGCAACUAUCUCUUUGCCCACGACCGCAGUCGCAUGGUCGAGAACGCUGGCAUUUGGGUUGCCCGAAGCUCGAACGUUGUCGGCAGGAGCGCGCGUAGUGGCGCGCCUCUGACUGACCUGUCGAAGAUGAAUCCUGCGCUCAUGCAGGGCAAAGGUCCUAAUGGCGCUCCCAUGGGUCCGCCUCAGCGCCCCGGUAUGGACAGAUUGAUCCGCAAGAAGGUCAAGAUCACAAAAGGCCCUUACAAGGGCCAUCGUGGUACUGUGAAAGACACAACCAUCAAUGAGGCUCGCAUCGAGUUGGAGUCCAAGAACAAGACCGUGAACAUCAGCAAGUCUGAGAUCAGUGUCAUUGAUCCCAACACUGAUCAAGCCACUCCCUACGCUCAAUGGGCGGGUCGUCGUGGCGGCCCGCCGUCGGAAAUGCGAGCAGGUCCCGGCAUACCUGGCUCUCGCGUCCCUGAUGGUGCCCGCACUCCCUUUGCUGCAGUGGAUGGUGGUCGAACACCUGCCUGGGCGGGCGCCAGCGCUCGUACACCAGCCUGGGGUGGACCUUCUUCGGCCCUGGAUUCGGGUCGUACACCAUCAUGGCGUGCCGGUGGCUCUCAGACUUCGUAUGGUGGUGCCGGCAACACCACCACGUACGGCGGAGCAGGCAACUACUCAGCGGGUACAGGCUCACGCACACCUGCCUGGUCCUCUUCAGCCAAGACGCCCUAUGGCGCUGACCAUGGCUUCGGCGGAGGCUCUAGCGGUAGCGGCUCAGCUUUCGAUGCCUUUGCCUCCGGUUCCCGUACGCCUGCAUACGGCACCAGCACAACAACGGUCUCAAGGACGCCGGCCUGGUCUGGACCGUCUGCUGCUGCUUCUGCACCUACCCCAGCCGCUCGCGCCUACGAUGCUCCAACUCCUGCCGCAGCUCUAAAUGCCCCAACUCCAGCCUUUCCAGCUGACGACGGCUACACGCCCGCGUACUCGGCGCCCACGCCUGGUGCAGGCUUUGGCAAUGCUGGCUCAAUGGACGCGCCCACACCGGGGUUCGCACGAGCUGCGAACACCAUCCCCCUCGGCAAGAACAGACUUGCGAUGGAUGCGCCUACGCCAGCUGGUGGUCCGGUCAGUGCGCCGACACCCGCAGCCUGGGGUGGAGGUGGGGCCUACGAUGCACCGACCCCUGCUGUAGGUGGCGGUCCACGAUAUGCCGAGGAUGAUGACGACGACUGA